AUGUGGAGUCGCUACGUAUUGAAGCCUCGCAUCGAUAAGUACCAGCAGGAAGCUCGGUCACUGCUGGGACAGCACCGACAAAGCCUCGCUUACAGGGAGAUACGAACUGUUAAGAUUGACUGCUCUUUCCUGCCUGAUUCCCAAUGGGGUAUCCUUGGGCAGGAGCCUGCCUGGCUCCUCUAUUUGGACGUCAAGAUCAGCCAACCGAAAGAUUGCUCCCUCACCAGUGCAAAUGUUGAUGUGAUAUUCCAAUCACACAACCCAGAUUGUCAGAGUAAUACUUCUAGCAUGCCGCUGGGUCCCAUCAUUACGGAAUACUUUGGACCCCAACGUAUCGAUGGGCAAGUCAUCGACACCCACGGCAGCAUGGUGGGUCAAGAUUCAUCCUGUUCUCUCGGACAGUCAUGUUUCACAAGGCCAAUGGACCAUGACAAACUGAAUCCAUCCUCAGACCAUGGGCAUGGAUGGACGCUGCCGGGAUGUUCAUGGCCAUUGGCUGGGGAUAUCAGUGGUCUUCCUCGGCGCGUCGAGUGGCUAGUGGAGGACGCGGUUGCAUGCGGGGAGCUGCGCUUGGCAGUCGUCCUACAGCACGACAUGAAGCCCUUCUCAAUAGCGGUUCGUAUCGAUGGUCGACUGAAAGGCGAGAAGAAUAAAAGAUUCCGCUUCUUCCGCCCUAUGGAACAGAGCAGCAUGAACAGAGUGUCAUGUAUUGUGACUCCCUCCAGUGCACAUGGGUUUCAACUUGAUGAUAUUGCCUCUCGAUUGGAUUAUGAAAUGACGACGCUGAACAUCCAGAAAUACCGGAACACGGCUCAGAUGCUCCUGCUGCAUAAGGAGCCUUUAUCUCGUCACACAAACAUUUGUCUCUAA